UUUGGGGUGGAGGCUGACAGCUCGUGACCCCCCCAAGUAAUAACCUCAUGACCCCCUGAGGGGUCCCGACCCCCAGUUUGAGAACCCCUGGCCUAACGACCUCUGCACCGUCAGAGCAUACUACGCUGCCAUCCAUGGCACUGAGCUUCCCAGUACUGCAACCCUUUACCGGACAGGCGGACCUGGCAAUCUCCUCCACGCCAGGAACCCCCUCUUCGGCAACACUGGUACCCUAGUCAGACCAGGAUCAAGCCGAAUAGGCACACCUAGUGGAUAUGCACCUACGCUAUCUGGUAAUGAGGAUGAAGAGAAUGAUUCAGGUCUUUAUAUCCCUCAUCAUCUCUUCCCAAGAUCGGGAUCCUCUCACCAACAGCCACCUAUGCAAGGGCAAAGCUGGCAGGCACAACCAUGGAUGUCACCGCCCGUUGUUAUGCCACCCAAUUGGCCAUACUGAGACACACGGGCAAUCUACAGAGCCCAAAAUCUUAAACCCCACAACCCACCAGCAUCAAGGGCUACCCGGUCCCCUUCACCCACGAACUCACCACCAUCGGAGGCCCAGGAGAAAGAGGGAGAAGAGCCAGAAGAAGCUCCUGAAGGCGACACAUUGCUCGCCCAUAUUUCAUCCUUGCCCCAGGACAAAAUAAUUAUGCCACUGCCUCUCACCAUAGGAGAUGAUUUAAGUCCUUCCAGGACUUAUUCAAAAGAGUUGCAGAAUCCAUGGACAUCUCUUUAGCAGAGCUGCCAGAGACCCAGCACAAACUUACUGACAUCUUGCAGGCAUCCCCAUCAGCAAAGAUAGCUCUGCCCAUCAACACUGCUAUAAUGGAUCCUGCAAAGACAAUAUGGCAGACACCUGCCACUGACCCACCCUCCUGUAAACGCAGACAGAAAAUAUUAUGUACCAGCGAAAGGGCUGAGUUCUUAUUUACUCACCCAGCUCCAAAUUCACUGGUCAUAUGGGCAGUAAACCAAAGGGGAAAACAGCACUAGUCAAAAACCACUCCUUAUGACAAAGACUGGAAAAGGCUUCAUCUCUUUGGAUGCAAAGCCUGUUCCUUGGCCUCUCUGCAAUUUUGCAUAGCAAACUACUCUGCUCUGUUGGCGAAAUACACUUACAGCUUGUUUAAUAAAAUGACAUAUAUUUUAUUGAACAAAUGCCGGAGGAGUCAAAGGAGCAAUACAAAGCUAACAUUGCAGAGGGCUCCUUAAUUGCCAAAACAGCCCUGCAGGCCUCCCUUGAUUCCGCUACACGGCAGCUUGUUCUAUCACCACAUCGAUGGUCAUGCAUCGAGCAUCAUGGCUCCACCUUUCCGGAUUUCCUAGGAAAGUACAAGCCACAGUUGAGGACCUGCCCUUUGAGGGACAAAAAGUAUUUGUGGAACACACAGAUGCAUCUCUACAUACCUUAAAGGACUCAAGAACGACCACAAGAAAAAACAGGGCAGAUUAUAUACCCAAAGAACUACAGACAAAUGAGUGCUGGAAAUUGUCCAAAAGGGUUACUCUCUCCCAUUUAUUUCUAUUGCCCUACCCACCCACGUUCCCCAUCCCUCUUCAGCGUCCCAUCUCACGAGACCCUGUUGCAGCAGGAAAUAAACCAUCUCCUGCAAGUAGGAGCCAUGGGAAUAGUACCUCUCCAACACAGGAGAAGAGGGUUUUAUUCCCUUUAUUUUUCUCACACAGAAAAAGAAUUGUGGCUGGAGACCCAUUCUGGACUUAUGCACACUCAACAAGUUCAUAAGGACACAGCCCUUCAAAAUGGUUACCUUGGCAACCAUAAUUCUGGCAUUAGAGAAAGGAGAUUGGCUCUUGUCCCUCAACUUACAAGACGCAUACUUUCCUGUCAACAUUCUUCCAGCACACAGACGAUUUCUGCACUUCACACUAGGCCAUCAAUAUUACCAAUACAAGGUACUACCCUUUGGCUUAUCGACAGCCCCAAGGGUAUUCUCCAAAGUCCUAGCUGUUGCUGCAGCUCACCUCCACAGGCUAGGGUAAUGAUCUUCCCAUACUUGGACAACUGCCUCAUAAGAACACCAACUCAGCAGAUGGCAGUACAAGCUACACAAACCACUAUAACUCUCUUCACCAACCUUGGGUUUCAAAUAAACGUCCAAAAGUCCACCUUGGUCCCUGUCCAGCAACUAGAGUUUAUAGGGGCCUAUCUCGACUGCCUCUCAUCACAAGUGAGAUUACCCCAACAGCGAUUCCUCAACCUAACCAGGCUGAUGAUAACAAUAUCAGAUAGCCCCCAAACAUUGGCCAGGGCCUGUCUACAACUCCUUAGGCAUAUGACUGCUACAACUUACAUAGUCAAACGUGCCAGACUGCAUAUGGGAUGCCUACAGGCCUGGCUCUGCACCUGCUAUAUACCAGACAAGCAUUCUCUCUACAAACGGCUCACUAUGCCCCACAGAGUGAAGGACUCCCUCAAGUGUUGGAUGCAACCACAAAACAUCUGCUCGGAGUCCCAUUUCAACAAAAAGUUCGCACUAUAACAAUCACCACAGAUGCCUCCCUUGUGGGAUGGGGAGCCCAUCCGAACACCACCACCAUCCAGGGACGCUGGUCUGCAGCGGAAACCAACCUACACAUAAACAUUCUAGAGCUCCGAGCAGUUAGAAAAGCAUGUGAACACUUCCUUCCCCUUAUCUGCAACAAUACCAUCAGAGUCCUCCUGGACAACACAACUUGCAUGUUUUAUAUAAACAGACAGGGUGGAGCUCAAUCAUACCCUCUCUGCAUCGAGACACUACACCUAUGGAAAUGGUUCAUCUUCAACAAGUAGACAUUUCUGUAGCUUACCUUCCAGGACUUCAGAACACCAUAGCAGACCAUCUGAGCAGACACUUCUCACAAACCCACAAGUGGGAGAUGGACUGCCUGACCCUUUAAUAUUCAACCAAACCCCCAUAUUCAACUAGUGGGGUUUAUUUGCAACAGCUCACAAUACAAAAUGCCCUUAAUAUUGCUCCUGAGAAGGGCUCGGGCACCACUCACUGGGCAAUUUUGCCCUCCUCACAGAAUGGGAAGCACCACUAAUGUACAUGCAGUUCCCCACCCCCACCCCGCAGACUCCUCUGCUGAGCCGGGUUUUACACAAAAUCAGACAGGACAAGGCCAGGGUCAUACUCAUGGCACCCACAUGGCCCAGACAGACAUGGUUCCCAUACCUAAUACAGAUGGCAGUGAAACCUCCUCAAACCCUUCCAAAACUUCCUCACCUCUUGAUACAGGACGCCGGCCAUGUCAUUCACCCCAACCUAGUGGUUCUCCGCCUCAAGGCCUGGUUACUCCAUGGCUAAUGGGACUGGAUCAGGAUUAUUCUGAGGAGGUUAGGACAUUCUCUUGAAUAGUCGCAAACCAAGCACACACAAAACGUGCUCAUAAGUGGGUACGUUUCUGCACCUGGUGCAAGGCUCACCAUAUGUUUCCUCAUUCUGCCCCUCUACCCAGAGUCCUGGACUAUAUAUUACACCUUAAAAAGGCGGGCCUCUCCAAUAGCUCCGUAAAGGUACACUUAGCAGCUAUCACCUCACUACAUGAUAAGGUAGAUGGAACCAUGAUCUUUGCUCAUUCCACAACUAAACGAUUCUUAAAGGGCAUGACCAACAUCUUCCCUCCCCUAAAACACCCUACUCUUAUAUGGGACCUUAGCCUUGUGCUAUGUACCCUCAUGGGCAACCCCUUGCAAUUUGCUCAUUGCUACAUCUGUCGAUGAAGGUCUCCUUCCUUAUUGCGAUCACUUCAGCAAGAAGAGUUGAGGAACUAGGGGCCCUAAUGGCACACCCGCCGUAUACCACAUUCCAUAAAGUGAUCCUAAGAGUCCAUCCUAAAUUUAUACCUAAAGUAGCCUCCUCAUUUCAUUUAAACCAACCCAUUUACUUACUUGUGUUUUUUUCCAAAAUCCCACGCCAACGCCAGGGAGGCAUCCCUUCACACACUCGAUGUCCGUAGAGCUCUGGCCUUCUACCUAGAAAGAACAAAGACAUUUAGAAAAUCGUCACAUCUCUUUCUAUCAGUCACAGAGUGAUUGAAGGGUGAGGCCAUCUCCAAACAAAGACUAUCUAAGUGGAAUUCUGGCUAUAUCCACCUCUGCUAUCCCAACUCUAGCUGGGAUUCGUACACACUCUACCAGAGAGCUAUCCACGUCAGAAGGGUUUCUUAAUAAUGUACCCAUUGUAGACAUUUGCAGGGCAGCUAACUGAGCCUUGGCCCACACGUUUACCAAACACUAUGCCCUGGAACAACAUUCCUCUGCUGACAUUCAGUUCAGACUCUCGGUGCUAUCUACCCUCAAUGAUACACAGAAGCCCCUCCCUCCACCAAGGGGUACUGCUCCAUAGUCACCUAAAGUGGAGCACCCACAAGGACACUCCUCAAAGAAGAAGAAGAGAAGGUUACUCACCCUAUGCAAUAACUCAGAUUCUUCAAGAUGGUUGUCCCUGUGGGAGCUCCUUUACAUACCCUCCUCCCCUCUAUUUCGGAGUUUUAUGCUGAUCCUCUGGGAUAGAGAAGGAACUGGGGGUCAGUUGGCUGCACAUGCGAGGUAGCCGCUCAGAUCACCGAAAGAAGGCUGCUGCACGUGCACAGCGAACUGGGGCAUUGCUGCUACAAAUCUCCAAUUGUAAGCGCAGGGCGCCAAGACGCCUAAAGUGGAGCACCCACAGGGACAACCAUCUCAAAGAACUUUAGUUACUGCACAAGGUGAGUAACCUUCUCUUUUAUAAUGGACAAAGUUAUGCAUAUUAGAGAAAUGAUAACUCCAAAAGGAAUUUGCUAUAUCAGUUGACCAUCUCUUGUACAUUAAUAUUUACAUCCAAGCUAAAUGGAAUACUGACAAAAAUCAUGAAAAUAUUUUAUCCUCGCGUACAAGAUUAAAUGUUUCUGGGGAUACUGGAUUCAAUUUAAAAUAUAUUACAUUUUAGUUCAAAACUGAUGGAUGGGAUUCCCUUUGUAUGGGGUCCCAGUUUGUCAGCAGUGUUAGAAUCUAGUUUUCCAAAUGAUUAACAGUAUCCUUCUUUUUUUGAGGAAGAGUUAAAAAUUAAGACAUAAUAAAAACAGAAUUUAGACAGAAAUGACUUUUUUUACUGUGCUCCUGCAUGUCCAGUAGAGGGAGCAUGUUAACUAAUGCAGUAUUUUCCCAGAACUGUGCAUGUUUUCCUCACUAGUGUAAAUUAAAUGCAAGGAAAUAAAUCUAACUUCUAGUUUAAAUGGUGAGGGGGGAAAGAGAGGAGGGAUGUGUAAAACAAAUAGGAAAAUACAAAAUUGGUAGGAAAAAAUGCAUGUUUUUCAAACUUCUCAGAAGAUAUUACAAACAAUAUAGAGUAAUUCAGAGUAGCAGCCGUGUUAGUCUGUAUUCGCAAAAAGAAAAGAAGUACUUGUGGCACCUUAGAGACUAACUAAUUUAUUAGAGCAUAAGCUUUUGUGAGCUACAGCUCACUUCAUCAGAUGAAAUUGGGAACUGAAAGUAGCUAGUUUCUAUAAUAAACUGUUUAGUAUUAAUUUUCAUUUAGUCUUCAAUUAUAACAUAUCACUUCGAAAAUUCUAGUAUACCUUGUUCCCAAUUGCACUGAAUUCUGGUAUAGGUACCCUCAUCAUACAGGAGGAAAUUCUGGCCCUAUUGAAAUCAAUGGCACAAUUCCUGUUUACUGCAGUGGCACUAGGAUUACACCCAUCGGUCCCAGGUGACAUCCACACUUCAAGUAAUAAGAUGCAUGUUGGACAAAAUCUAGCAGCCCUUUCUAUGGGCACAUUACACCCCAAAUGCAGCAGAUACAGAGCACUUCUGUUUUGAAGGAAGAGCCCAAGAAGUGAAAAACCUCCAGAGCCCUCUUGUUUGCUACAAACCCAUGUUGUGUUUCAGCUGUUGUUGCAGGAGUGCACACAAUGGGUUUGUGUCCAGUCUGGGACAUGACAAGUGAGUCCAUCAACAGGCUAAAAACCUUAUGGGGAAGGCGAUGGCAAAACAGCUGAUCUCUACUGUAGCCCACGAUAAUUACAUCCUCAGCCUUGCUGUGCAGAAGUCCUAUAUUAUAUCUUCAGGCCUUAGGGAGGGAAGGAUUCUGUUCCCUUCAUCCUCAAAAUAUGUCCACGAAUCCUAUUUACUCAGUCUUUGUGUAGGGAAUUUCAACCAUUGUGCUUUGGCUUCAUUGAGGUAAGGCUCCCUGAAAGUACUGUUUAUAAUUUCUGUGGAAAAAAAUAUAUUUAAUUCAUACAUCUUAAUUUGUAGUCAGUCUGAGAAAUAUCUUUACACUUUUAGCAAAAAGUGUCUAUUUUUCAAUAAUUUUAUCGUUCAUUUUAAAACUGUUUAAAGAUGUUUGUCCUAAAAAAAAAAUUUCUUCUUCGU